GUCAGGCCCGUGCAGCGGUUAGUACGUCUGGCGCUCAGUCCGAGAGGCGGCGACAGGAGCGGCGGCCGGAGGGCGGUUAGCGGCUUUCCCCCCCUUCCCCCCCUCACUAAACCUUUCCUAUUUACCCCUGACCCCUCCCCUUCCCCCCUUUUACCCUUGACCCCUUUUCCCCUCCCCCCUCCCUUCACCUCUCUCCUUGGGUAUCCCUCGGUCUGGCAGUCGUUGCCCCGAAGGGACGCCGACUAUUGUUCCCGCCGAGCGAUUCCUUCCCCCUCCCCCUCUUCCCACCCCUGCCCCUCCUCCCUUUUCCUUUCCCCUCUCACCCCUGUUCCUGAGACCGGUUCCUCGGUCCCUGGGGUGGGGACACGCUCUGGACCUUCACUUGUACCCCCUUCUCCUCUUCGGACCCGCCCCUUGUUCCUGGCACAGCUCCGGCCCGGCUUACCCUGGACUCCCGGACCUGAUCCAGCAACUGAGACAACUGAGAGCAAUACAUCACAAGUCAUUUUCAAAGGAUAAUGUACGUGAAUGUGAAGAGUGUGAAUAUAAGGCAACAAUAGGUAACGCUGCAAACUCAUCUGGAGACAAAUUGUUAGUACAUUUCUUCCCAAAUCUGCUGAAAGCAACUCCAAGUACAGGCACAUCACCACCCGAAUACACUAUCCCUGAGGAAUCCUUGAUAGUAAACAAGCAACAGUGAUACUACAACCACCAUGGACCCUAAAGUUACCGAAGGUGGGCUGAAUGUUACCCUUACCAUCCGACUGCUGAUGCAUGGGAAGGAAGUUGGAAGCAUCAUUGGAAAGAAAGGUGAAACUGUGAAGAAAAUGCGCGAGGAGAGUGGUGCACGCAUUAAUAUCUCUGAAGGAAAUUGUCCCGAGAGAAUUGUAACCAUCACAGGUCCAACUGAUGCAAUAUUCAAGGCAUUUGCAAUGAUCGCUUUUAAAUUUGAGGAGGACAUCGAUAACUCAAUGUCGAAUAGUACAGCCACCAGUAAACCACCUGUAACCCUGCGGCUUGUGGUGCCAGCCAGUCAGUGCGGAUCACUGAUUGGCAAAGGGGGUUCCAAGAUCAAAGAAAUUCGUGAGUCAACAGGGGCUCAAGUCCAGGUGGCAGGGGAUAUGCUGCCCAAUUCCACUGAGCGUGCUGUGACAAUCUCUGGGAUGCCAGAUGCUAUCAUCCAGUGUGUGAAGCAAAUAUGUGUGGUGAUGCUGGAGGUAGAGUAUAAGUCCCCACCGAAAGGUGCCACCAUCCCCUACCGCCCAAAGCCCGCCUCUGCCCCCGUCAUUUUUGCAGGUGGCCAGGUAAGAGCAGAUCCCCUCUCGGCCUCCGCAGCCAACCUCAGCCUCUUACUGCAGCACCAGCCACUGCCUGCCUAUACAAUUCAGGGACAGUAUGCCAUUCCACACCCAGAUGAUGCAUGCCUCCUGUCGGCUGAGUAUAAAGCAACACUGGCGUCGACGUUGUGGAGAAGUCCGCAGCUUACUCACCCGUCCUCCCAGCUGACGGAACCUGCAUGGAGACCUGAGUCCUUGAGAGGAAAAAUGGAAUUAAAAAACUGUAUCGAAGACUCAGGAACCUGGGGUUUGGAUGCCAAUCCCCCGGCCAGUACUCAUGAGCUCACCAUUCCCAAUGAUCUAAUAGGAUGUAUAAUCGGCAGACAAGGCAGCAAAAUCAAUGAGAUCAGACAAAUGUCUGGGGCUCAGAUUAAAAUAGCUAAUGCAGCAGAAGGCUCAACGGAACGUCAGAUUACUAUUACUGGAUCCCCUGCCAACAUAAGCCUUGCACAGUACCUCAUUAAUGCAAGGCUAACAUCUGAAGUCUCUGGAAUGGGCACACUUUAAUUGUUUCCUCAUCUCCUGCUGUUUGUGUCAUGUUACCCACCUACAUAAACCACAAGCAACCUGCUAUCGCACCCUGUUUGUAAAAUUUGUAUAUUACAGUCUUGCCUCAUAGACAAUACUUAGAAUGUUAAAUUUUAAGGAAUUAUUCUGAACUACUUUUCUAAUUCCAAUCCUUUCUGGCUAGACCCUCCUUUCCCAUUGCUUCGUGCUUUAAUGUAGGUUUUUGGUUCCACAUUUAAAUUAACUAUUGCUUGCAAAAAGUGUAUUUGCAGACUAUUUCUUCUGUAUACUUUUUAGUUCAGUAAUUACUGGUAACAUGAUUGCAAACUCUUUUUAUAAAAAAACAACCUUGAUGUAAUCCAAUUAUUUGUAGUUGUUCUAUUUGGUUAUAAUAAAGGAAGGCACAUGUCCUGCUAUGUGCUGAAAUACAACCUAUCACUAAA